AUGUCACCACAGAUUAGGAUCGAUCCUCUAAAAGCGACCAUUUCGGAAGAUGAGCUGGAAAACAUGACUACAGAUUCCUGUGCACCGAUAGCAAUUGUGGGGAUCGGCUUUCGAGGACCAGGGGAUGCCAAAAAUGUCGAGAAGCUAUGGGAAAUGAUCCUCACGGGUAGAGAGGCAUGGAGCCCAAUUCCAGCUAAGAGGUGGAACAGUGCAGCAUUCUAUCAUCCAGAUCAUGCUCGUCACGGGACGAUCAAUGUGGAAGGUGGCCACUUUCUGGAAGAAGAUAUAUCAGUGUUCGACGCGCCAUUUUUUAACAUGACGAGCGACGAGGCAGCGGCUAUGGACCCCCAGCAGAGAUUGCUCUUGGAGGUAGCAUAUGAAGGUCUUGAGAAUGCUGGCAUUCCUCUGGCCAAAAUCAUGGGCACAAAGACAUCCUGUUUUGUCGGGUCCUUCUCAGCAGAUUAUACAGAUCUCCUCCUGCGGGAUCCUGAGUGUGUACCCAUGUAUCAGUGCACCAAUGCCGGGCAAUCACGUGCAAUGACAGCAAACAGGUUAUCUUAUUUUUUCGAUUUGAAAGGGCCCAGUGUGACGGUAGAUACAGCUUGUUCAGGAAGCCUUGUUGCACUUCAUUUGGCAUGCCAAAGUCUCCAAACAGGGGACUCAUCGACAGCGAUUGCAGCGGGAGUGAAUUUAAUCUUGAGUCAUGAGUUUAUGUCAACCAUGAGCAUGAUGAAAUUUCUCUCCUCAGAUGGAAGAUGUCAUACCUUUGAUGAAAAGGCUAAUGGAUACGCCCGAGGCGAGGCAGCUGGCUGUCUUAUCCUUAAACCCCUAGCCAAGGCGUUGCACGACCGGGACAACAUCAGGGCCGUAAUACGAGGAACCGGUUCCAAUCAAGACGGGCGCACCGCAGGGAUAACACUACCAAAUGGGGCAGCCCAAGAAACCUUGAUUCGGAGCGUCUAUACACGGGCUGGUCUGGAUCCCUCCGAAACAGAUUUUGUGGAGGCUCACGGGACAGGCACCCUAGCUGGAGACCCAGUUGAGGCAGGGGCAAUUGCUCGUGUCUUUGGAUCUGGUCGUCCGCCUGGCAAUCCUGUGCGGAUUGGCUCCAUCAAAACCAACGUCGGCCACUUGGAAGGGGCAAGCGGAGUAGCAGGUGUGAUCAAGGCAGUGCUGAUGUUGGAAAAUCGCAUGUUCUUGCCAAACAGGAAUUUUGAAAAGAUUAACCCGCGCAUCCCACUUGAUGAUUGGGAACUAAAGGUUCAAUUGCACCCCGAGACUUGGAAUACCACUAGACCUCGUCGCGUUUCUGUAAACAGUUUCGGAUACGGUGGAAGCAAUGCACAUGUCAUUGUCGAAGAUACUCAAGGCUGCCUCUCUAGCUGGAGACUUGGGAGAGAUGCUAGAGCUCCGUUGACCACAGCCAAAUGCCAUGAUGAGCUAGUCCCUAGUCCACCGCUUGGUUUUCCCCGCCUAUUGAUGCUUUCUGGAUUCGAUAAAAGAACCUGUCUACAACAAAUACAAGUUCUAGGCAAUCACCUCGUCGAUAAGGCAGAUGCAGUUGACCAUGAGAAAUUCCUGGAUGAUCUUGCAUACACGGUCAACGAACGGCGCUCUGUCUUUCCAUGGAAGGCAGCCAUUGUCGGAGACACGUUGGCGGGGCUGGCGGCCUCGCUCACUCAGAACCUCAAAGCUAGGAGCGCCAUCAGUAAACCAACCCUUGGGUUUGUCUUUACUGGGCAAGGCGCACAGUGGGCCGGGAUGGGGAGAGAGCUGCUUCAGACCUAUCCUGUCUUCAAAACAUCAAUUUUGGGAAUCGACAGAUUUCUGAAUGAUAUUGGAGCUUCUUUUACAGUGGAAGAGGAGAUCACGAAGUGUCCCGAGAAAUCCGAUUUGAACCACCCAAGUUUCAGCCAGACAGUGUGCACGGCAUUACAGAUUGCGUUAGUCGACUUGCUAAAAUCGUGGGGUAUACAUCCAGACUCGGUAACGGGUCAUUCUAGUGGGGAGAUUGCCGCUGCAUAUGCUACUGGUGCACUCAGCAUGAAUGAUGCAAUGUCAGUGGCACACUACCGAGGUGUUGUGGCAAGUCAGCUUCUGCAUGAGCAAUUAAACAGAGGUUCCAUGAUGGCAGUUGGAAUGUCUGCCGAAGAGGUCAAGCCCUACCUGGAUGAAUUCCAGCCUAGACAACUGGUGGUAGCGUGCGUCAACAGUCCAUCGAGUGUGACGAUAUCAGGUGAUGCACUUGCGAUUGAUACACUCGCCCAAACAUUGAAAGAAAAACAGGUCUUCAGUCGACGCCUUGAAGUGGGCAUCGCUUACCACUCUCCUCAUAUAGAACAGGUUGCCGAGAGGUAUCACGGCUUUUUAGAACAUAUCCAGCCCCGAGGACUGGGUCAGAUAGCAGACGACAAGAAAGAAAGGUCGGCGUCGUUCUUUUCUUCGGUCACUGGAACGAGGGUUCCUUUGGAAGAAUUGAAUGCUCAGUACUGGGUGUCAAAUUUGGUCGGGCAAGUGAAAUUUGCAAAUUCGCUAAGGACCUUGUGCUUUGAGACAAAUGCCCAGCGUGCUGGGAGUACAGGGGCUCCCAGAAUAAGAAGGGCCGGAGCAGCCCAAAAGCCUUCCGUGGACUGUCUCAUCGAGAUUGGUCCGCACGCGGCACUUUCUGGGCCGAUCAAGCAAGUUCUACAGGUCGAUGCAAAACUAAAUGCUGCCGAUAUAACUUAUAUUAGCAUUCUGACGCGUAAGGUCAACGCGGUCACUACAGCCCUUGGUGCAGCCGCCACACUAGCAUCGCUGAACUACCCUAUUUCUUUUAGUGCAAUCAACCGCCCUAUGGGGAUCAAGGAAGGUAGUGCGCCUCAGCUACUGGUUAAUCUUCCAACGUAUGCCUGGAAUCACACUAGGUCAUAUUGGGCAGAGCCACGGCUGAGCAAGAUGUAUCGGAACCGAAGGACGCCGCGGAUGGAUUUACUUGGUGCACCAGACAACAUGGCAUGUCCAUUCGAGCCUCGCUGGCGAAAUUAUCUUCGAACAUCAGAGCUGCCUUGGCUUCUCGAUCACAAGAUCCAAGGGAACAUUGUUUUCCCUGCCGCAGGGUAUCUGGCCAUGGCUAUCGAAGCAUCAAUUCAAUUGAACAAAGACGAAGAAAAGAUUGCUAGAUACAUCCUGCGAGAUGUGGUGAUACAAUCAGCCCUGGUACUCAAUGAAACCUCCCCCGUCGAGGUCAUGGUAUCUCUUCAGAAGUCGACACAAGACCAAGAAAAUUUGUACAAUUUCCAUAUAUAUUCCAUCACAGAGGAGAAUAGGUGGAUUGAACAUUGCACUGGCUUUGUCGGCACACAGAAAAGCAUUAAUGUUUCAGGCGAUGGAGUCGAGGAAACCGAGGGUUAUGCAACGGUUCCAUUGGGGACUGAAGUUCAUGGAGUAUCGGUGAUUGACGUCCGUGAAUUCUAUGACAAGCUUCGAAAUUCCGGUCUGGAAUACGGGCCAUCCUUUACGAAUGUGAUGAAAGCACGUGUGACCCUAGACGGGACGUGCUUUGCAGAAGUCACUGUACCAGAUACAGUAUCCGUGUUGCCUGCAUCAUUCCAGCACGAGCUUUUGGUUCAUCCAUGCACCCUGGAUAGCAUGUUUCACACAAUUUUCGCGGCUUUACCACCAGGUAUGGGAAUUGAGGAAGGACCUGCCGUCCCUGUCUUCAUUGAAGAGAUGAUUGUAUCGUCCAGUCUCAGUUGUUCGGCAGGAGAGCUCAUGAGCAUCUGUACUCAUGUGCGCCCGAUGCCAAACAAGGACGUAACAGCAUGCAUAGUCGCAGUGAGUUGUAACGAGAGCCAAUUUGAAACCGAGCCAACUAUUUCACUUCGUGGUCUACGGUGUGCGCGGCUAGAGCGCAAUGAACCGGCAUCGAACAAAAAGGACAGCCGCUUGAUUUAUCAGAUUGACUGGAAACACGAUCCAAGCUUUCUUUCCGGCAAUAAUCUGUCAUUUCUAUUUGCCAACGACUGUGCUGCCCGAGAGCCCGCACCUCAAAUAGAAUACGAAGAGAGUGCUGCCGGCUUUAUCAGAGCUGCGCUGGAGGAAGUCAGUACAACAGAAGCAAUAGAACUCGACCCUUCUCACCGCAGAUUCAGGUGUUAUCUCCAAGAUGUGCUCGAAAGACAUGAUGACAAAAUCUCAAUAGUAUCAUCUCACUUGGAAAAUAUCCAUUCCAUCCCGAUGGGAAAGCUCCUGCCGGCCAUUGGCCAAAACCUCGUGUCUAUUAUUCGAAACAAAGUUGAUUUUUCUACGGUCAUUGAAGACGACCGCCUUAUGGAUGAGUUUUGGGAUAUAUUCUCAGCGGAUGACUCGUACCAAGCAGCUGCAAAAUAUGUCAAUUUGAUUGGCCACGUCAAACCAGAUAUAUCAAUCCUUGAAUUUGGCGUUGGCACAGGCCAGAUAGCAGAAAUAUUCCUGAACUAUCUCGUGACGCGUAACGAGAGACCUCAUUGCGGAAAAUAUACAUUUGCCCAUGAAAGUGCCUCUGUGCUUGAACAUACCUCGAAGCGGCUGGAGGCGUGGUCAGAGUUGGUUGAAUGCAAGCCCAUGGAUCUUGGCAAAGAAUUCCCUAAACAAGGGUUUGAAAAGAAUUCUUUUGACAUUAUAAUACUCCCCCAUGGAUUGUGUACUGCACGCUGUGAACAAAGUGCUCUUAGCAAACUCCAUGAUCUUUUAAGGCCAUCAGGCUAUUUGAUUGCAGUCAAUUCCUCCGACCCAAAGAAGGAUGUGCUGAAAAGUCUCUUGUUCAGUGCAUUGCACUGCUUGUCUGCAGACGAAUUCUGUUUGGGCCAGGGUGCUUGGACCGAGAGUCAAUGGGACGAGAUCCUGCAAGAUGCUCAUUUCACCGAGGUUGAUGCAUUUACAGAGGAAGACUCUGAGAAGAGCCAUCAGUUCAUCGUGGCCAAGAAGCGAAAAUACCACAAGUCCCCUAGAAAAGUUUCCAUCAUUUCCGAGGAAAAAAGCGAAACUGUGAGACACCUAGUAACUAAGCUCGAGAAGAUCUCAUGUGAGGUGAAUGUCACAGACGUUGAUAAUGUGGAUUUCAAGGAUCAUAUUUGUUUGGUCCUUGACACCUCAAACUCUUCCCUGCUGGGGGUUCUCUGGAUCACAAAAGGAGGGACAAUUGAGUCUGUGAACCCAAACGCGGCCUUGGCUGUUGGAUUUGCAAGAACAGCACGUGCCGAAUCAGGUGUUGACCCGAUCGUCACCCUUGAUCUGGAUGCUCAAAAUCCUCUCUCAGAAUUGCAAGUCGCCGAAAUGAUCGCAAAAGUUCUGGUUGCCCGAUUCCUCAGUGAAAAUUCAGACAAAGACACGGAAUAUGCGGAGAGAAAUGGACUGAUCCUGGUUCCACGAGUACUAGAGAAUUCGAAGGCAAAUAACACCAUGAACAGCAUUGAUGAUCUUGAGGCUGUAUCCGAGCAGCCUUUCCAUCAACCUCAGCAGCCUCUCCGACUUUCCAGGAAGGUUAAAGAUCCCGGUUUUGUCGGUGAUUCACAGAUGGCAGAACUCCCUGUUGGCUACGUCGGAAUUCAAGUACACUCAUUUGGCUUGAGUAAAUGGGAUGUUGAGCCAGAGCACCUUGAUUGGGAAACAGACGACACUCUCGGACUGGAGUGUAGUGGCAUUGUAUCCAAGGUCGGUGCUGGGGUCCACGGCAUCACUGUGGGCGACCGGGUUGCGUGUCUCGGAGCUGGCACUGCCAGAAGCUUUUAUCGCGAUUUGGCAUCAACUUUCCAGAGGAUCGAUGACGAAAUGUCAUUCCAGGUAGCGUCGGCUUUGCCUCUGGCGUAUACUAUUGCCUAUUAUGUUGUGAACUAUUUGUCAAUGGUUGAGUCCAAUGAUGCCGUUCUCAUCCAUGACGCCGGAAGUCAUUUCGGCCAAGCACUUCUGGAAGUGUACCUGCUGAAAGACGCUCGGAUAUUUGCGACAGUGCAGAGCCCCGACGAAAGGGACUUGCUGAGCUCGAGGUUCGGGAUACCCGAGGAGCAAGUCUUCAUCAGCGGGAAGAAUGAUGUACUCAAGGGUGUGUUACGGUUGACCGAUGGCAAGAAGGCAAACGUAAUAGUUACAUUCGAUACCCCAGAGGACAAAAUUGUACAGAACUGCACUGCGCCAUUUGGUCGAUAUAUUCAACUUCGAACAAACAACCUGAAGACUCGACAGCUAUCAUGCCCACAGAACAUGUCCCUGUCUACUGUCAAUAUAUUUGAGCUGCAAAAGGAGAGGACAGACCUUGCCAACCACAUAUGGCCGAAGGUCUUUCACUUGUUCGGCGACGGGCGACUCAAAGGUCCUGCAUCUACCGAUGCAUAUCAUAUUUCACAUAUUCAAGAGGCAGUAACAGCGACCCAAAGCCGACAGCAUGUUGUGGUUCACGUAGAAGAGAAUGAUCGUGUGAAGGUACAGCCUACCCAUACCCCAGAGGAUGUCCCCUUGCAUUCCGCUAAUGAGAUCCAGGCCACCCUCCCUAAGUCCACACAGCCAUUGUUCCGCGCAGAUGCAUCAUAUAUGCUAGUUGGUGGGCUUGGUGGAAUUGGGAGGGAGGUUGCGUUGUGGAUGGCACGAAACGGAGCUAAGAACCUUAUAUUCGUCAAUCGAAGUGGCCUUUCAAAAUAUCAGUCUCAGGUGACAGUGAAGAAUCUGACGGAAAAUGGUAUCCAAGUGACUACCCGAGCUUGUGACAUCUCCGACGAGACCGGGGUCCAACGAAUGCUUCAUGAUCUCUCUCAUUGUGCGCCUCCAAUACGGGGCCUGAUCCAGGCGACCAUGAUACUCAAAGACGACCGAAGCAUUAUGGCACCUGGAAUUUGCACCGACAUCUCCCCCCCGAAUCUUGACUUCUUCCUGAUGUUAUCUUCUAUCAGCGGUGUUAUUGGGAAUGCUACACAGGCUGCUUAUGCUGCUGGCUGCACGUUCAUGGACGCGUUCGCCACUUAUCGAAGAAGCCUGGGUCUUCCAGCAGUAUCUUUGGAUCUCGGGACGAUCACAGACGUUGGUUAUUUAGCCGAAAACAGUGAUCUAGCGGCUAAAAUGGAACGACAAGGAUUCCAAGGCACUGACACACCAACUCUUUUAUCCCUCAUACAAGUUGCAAUCUCUCAGUCGACGAGCGGUGAAGCACAACUUGUAACUGGUCUCGGCCAAUGGAAAGAAAUGGAAUCACUUGCAAACCUUGAUGCGCCCUUGUUUGCCCAUUUCCGGUACAAGUUCCAGGUUCCUGGCAAAUCUGCUGCACUCGGUGACUCGAUGGAAGGAUUGAAGGCUGAACUUGGCGCCGUAAAAACGGUAGAUCAAGCUACCGUUGUAAUAUGCGACACUAUCAGCAGAAAGAUUGCCUCACACCUCUCUAUCCCCGUUGAAAAUAUCAAUCCUUCUAAUCCGGUCUCCGAGUAUGGAGUUGACUCCCAUGUGGCCGUGGAGCUGCGCAACUGGAUAUCAAGAUCCAUGGAUUGCACUAUCCCCAUUUUGGAAAUUCUAGCAAAGUCUAUGUUGGAGUUGUCUCAGAAAAUUGCCAGUCAAAGGUUGGAGAGCAAGCCUGAGUGA